CAUCGCUCUCUCACACCACUGGCCUAUCCUCCAAUUUGACGUCAAUAAUGCCUUUCUCCAAGGUUCUUUAGAAGAGUAAGUCUUCAUGGCUCAACCACCAGGCUUCCGCAAUUCCACGACCCCUACCUUUGUAUGCCGUCUAAAUCGUCCUAUCUACAGACUUCGACAAGCUCCUCGCUCCUGGUAUUUGUCAUUGUGUAGUUUCCUGGAAAGUAAAGGCUUCAUCAAAACGCAGUCCGAUGCAUCCUUGUUUGUCUAUAAUCAUGAUGGGGCUUUGCUCUACUUCCUGGAAACGACUCUACUUUGCUCACUCAGUUUCAGGAGCAUCUUGCCUCCCGGUUCUCACUAAAAUAGCUAGGCGGGGUGAAUUAUUUUUUGGGUAUCGAAAUCUUACCCAAUCCCUCAGGUUUUCUUCUAUCACAACAGAAGUAUAUCUCUGAUGUUCUUGAUCGAUUUCAUAUGGUUGAUGCUAAGCCUUCUCCAACUCCACUUUCCACGUCAGCCAAACUUAUGCUUCAUGAUGGCUCCCACCCUAUUGAUUCCAUGCUUUACAGACAAGUGCUCGGUGCCCUUCAGUACUUACUUUGCACGCGUCCUGAUAUCGCAUUUGCCGUCAAUAAAUUAUCUCAGUUCAUGCAUGCACCAUCCCAACUUCAUUGGCAGUCUGUCAAGCGUCUCCUGCGAUAUCUACAAGGUACUCGUCAUCUUGGCUUACAACUUAGACACUCAUAUUCUCUUUCCAUUGAAGCUUUUGCCGACUCUGAUUGGGCGGGGGAUCCUAAUGAUCGCACAUCCACCAUGGGCUACCUUAUUUAUCUUGGCGGUAAUCUUGUUUCAUGGAAGUCGAAGAAACAACGCUCUGUUGCCCGCUCUAGUACCGAGGCUGAAUAUCGAGCUCUUGCGCAUGCCUCUGCUGAACUUGAAUGGUUGCAAAACCUAUUAAUUGAGCUGCAUCAUCGCCCUCCCAAUCCUCCUAUCCUAUAUUGUGAUAAUCUUGGUGCAGUAAACUUCUCUGCUAAUCCAGUCUUCCACUCCAGGAUGAAGCAUUUGGCAUUAGAUUUCCACUUUGUGAGAGAACUUGUGCAAUCUCUUAAACUGCGCGUUUGCCAUGUCUCCACCGUUCACCAGCUGGCCGAUGCACUCACUAAGCCUCUUCCCACUUCACGUUAUCUUCUACUUCGGUCCAAGACUGGUGUCGUACUCGCCUCCGUCUUGCGGGGGCGUGAUAGAGAUAUAAUUCAGAAAAGUUAAUUGCAACAUAUACUUGGAAACCAUACCAUUUUACAAAAGACAAUACCUCUUAUUGAUCACUCCUCCAAUUGACAUCCAACCAUCACCAUUAUUUCCCUCCAUCACUAUUCUUCUCCCGCCAACUAUAUCAUAUUCAGAGACUCAUGUGAUAGCCUUUACUCUUUUCUAUCUACUCACAUCUACAACCAACUACUUGUAAUCACCCACAUCAUUUUACUUUCAAGUGUAUGUAUUAGAUAUAUUCCAUCAAUAGAAUUCAUAUCUCCACACUCUGCAGGCCAAAAAAACAAACGAUCUCCUAACUCCCCUGGUAAUCGAAAUGUCUCGACCAUAUUCUGACACAGUCAAAACCACCGACGAACUACAAAUCUCUCCGCCGGCGGGCUCACUUCCCGCUACUUCCAUCCCGCUGCCGUUCUGCGACAUAGUCUGGCUAAUCGUCAAUCCCAUCCAACGGGUCUUCUUCUACGGUCUCCCAAACUGCAACGUCUCCCAAUUGCGCCAAACCAUCCUCCCCAAUCUAACUUCCUCCCUCUCCCUCGCCCUCCGUUACUUCUACCCUUUUGCUGCUCGCCUCGUCUCCCCGCCUCGACCCGGAAAGCCAUACAUCCUCUACUCCGACGGCGACUCUGUUUCCCUCACCGUCGCAGAGACCUCUCUCGAAUUCGACCAAGUCUCCACCGACCUCCCCAAUGACGCCGGCUUGCUCCACCCUCUUCUCCCCGAACUCCCUCCCGCCGAAUCGAAACCCUACGGCGGCGGCAGCGGCACAACCGCCUCCCCGAUUCUCGUCGUGAAGAUCACUCUGUUCCCCAACUCUGGCGUCUGCAUCGGGUUCGAAUUCCUCCACGUGGCGGCCGACGGGUCGGCUUUCAACCAUUUCGUGAAAUCCUGGGCUUCGAUUUGCAGGUCCGGGGGCGAGGACUUGAGUUGGGUCGAGAAAUCGCCGCCGUGCCUCGACCGAUCGUUGGUCCACGACCCGAGAAAUCUGAAGGAUGUUAUCAUGGAACAAGUGUGGAAUUUCGCCGAGGCUUGGCAGGACGACGACGAGUCGCCGCCCCGAUACAGACAUUCAGAUAAGGUCCGUGCGACUUUCGUCAUUGACAGGGAAGAUAUAUCCAGGCUGAAAUCGAUGGGGAAUCGGGACAAUGUUGAAGACGGCAAACAGCUUCCGGCGGCGUCAGCAUUUGCGGUGGCGAGCGCCUUGGUAUGGACCAAUUUGAUCAAAUCCCUACAUCUGGAAGAGGAAAAUGCAGGGGAUGACGUCAGUGGCGGGAAAAUCGACAGCUACGUAAUUCCGGCAGAUCUACGCGGCCGUCUCGAUCCGCAGCUCCCCGCGACCUACUUCGGCAACUGCAUCGGGAUCAAGAUAGUGUCGGUGGAGCGGAGGCACCUGCUGGGAGACGACGGCUUCGCGGUGGCGGCGAAGGCGAUCGCGGCGGGGAUUCGGGGGCUUGGAGGGGCGCUAAAAGAAGCGGAGAAAUGGGUAACUGGAUUUGGGGAAGCUUUCAAAUCUGGGAAAGUUGUGACGGUUGCCGGGUCGCCGAGGCUGCGGGUCUACGAGACGGAUUUCGGGUGGGGGCGGCCGAGGAAGUCGGAGCCGGUGCAUAUUGACUCCUCCGGCGCGGUUUACUUCUCCGAUGCGAGAGAUGAGGAAAGGGGCGGGCUUGAGUUCGGGUUGGUGCUGAGAAAGGCUGAGAUGGAUGCGUUUGUGGCUUUGUUUGAGCAGCAGCUGAACCAACUACGUCUCUAGGGGAUGCGACGCAAAUUGGUCUAGGAAGUCGAGUAAGGUGAAUUUUGAUUCAGAAGAUUGGUUAGGAAAGUUAUGUACCACUUUUGCUGUAAAGAUACAUUUCGAAUUUGUUUUUUGAAAUGCAUAUCAAUUGGUUUGAUCUAGUAAUAAUAAAUAGCAAGAAUAAGUAUAAAAUAUUUUAAAAAGGAAGUUAGUCUGUAUUCGUGAUAAGUUGUGUUUUACUAGUUAAGGUUCGGCCUGCUGGCUAAUGAACUUAAUUUGAUUAGUGAAAACUCAAUAGUUGUUAAGCAUUUUAUUACUUUUUAUAAGAGCUACGAAACUUCAUAUGAUUUGCGCAUCCCCUCUAUUUCAUAUUGCAUUGAUGUGUUAUUGCGAAAUUCACAUGAUUAGGUCAACUGAAGUCUAUUUAGUUCAUCGAGUCAAAUGGAUAAUUUUUCGGUAUGGCAAAUCAAUUAGUCAAAUUAACAUAACCACAAUUUAUCAAAUAUAAUUGGUUGAUGUACUCAUGUGGCAUAUGUAAAAUCAAUUAGUGAAAUCAAGUGAAUCAUAAUUGAUCAAACUCGUAUAGAUUGUUGACAAUUUAUAGAUUUAGACUCGUAUUCUCCAAACGGCAUUGGUUGAAUGAUUGGUGAUUUCAACUGUCAAUUUAAUAUUUAAUCUAAAAAAUUUUAUUUACAUUUGAUAAUAGUAAUACAACGUUAGCAUAGAGAUUGUGAUUAAACCAAGAUUGUCAAACCGGUUUAUUAUGUCGUUAUGCCAGUAUAUGACAAGUGGUAUAGUCCGACCGGUGGUAAACACAAUUUAUUCCAGUUCAUGCCGAUUUAGCAAAAAAUGUAGGGUUUGAAACUAUUAACAUUUAAUGAAUUUAGUCAUAUAUAACAUAUUUGAAUACAAUCUAUCUAAAAUCACAUCAAUAUUUAAAUAAAGUACAAAAUUUACAACAAAAUGAAAAGCAUCAAUAUUUAUACAACAUUUAAUGCCAACAUCCAAACAUUUAUACAUGAAUCCAUUAAUAAACAUAACAUCUAAAUAUUCAUACAUUGAUCCAACAAAUAACGUAAACAUUUAACUUUCAAAUUCAAAAAACAAGUGAACAAUUUUUUUUUUUUUUGUUAAUUAAAUCUACCAAAGUGCGUCAUUUUAUUUAAAGGCUGGGAAUUGAGCAUGUCGCUAAUAUACUUAUAUCAGAAGAAUUCUAGUCGAUUUUGUAACCAACACUGGCUAGACCUAGUUGUAUCGAUCGGUAUGCCACCUACAUGCAACCAUGGAUUUAACGGGAAGAUAUCUACACGAGAUAAAAUUAGGUCAUCCGGUAAUGGAUUGGGACACUUGGCUUGAUACCCUACAGGCUACAACCAUACCAAACUCAAUACUCAUGACUCGAUUCAAUAGUGAAAGAAAUUUUAAAACCAAGAACCAGACCAUUAUUACAAAAAAGUUCGAUUUGCAAUCGACACCAAAUAUCAAUGCAAAUUAUUUUUCUUCAAUAUUAAUAAAAUUUAUGAAAUCAAGAAUCAGAUCGGUUGUCCUAUAGAAAGAACAUUGACAGAUUUUCUCCUUAAUUUUUGGAGAGAAACUCUGAACCCCUAAUCGUGAGACGCGAGCUAGCUAGGGCUUCGUUGUUAUGGCGACGGAUGUGGACAAACCACCGGAUAACAUGAGUGGAAUCCGGCGUCCUGCUGAAACCUCUUCCUCACCAAGCAUAAAGAACAAUAUAAUAAAUAUGAUUCGCAACGUAACUUGAAAGAAGUUCCUCCGGUGUGGACUGGGCCGUCGGCAUGGGAUAGUGGAGAACUACAAAAUAUCGGACUCCAAGAAUUCUUCCUUCCUUGUGCGACUUCGUCACCAACACGACCAUGAUACUGCGUUCAACUGUGGACCAUUUCUCUUCAAAAUGAAGUUCUGAUCUAAUA